AUGUACGGAAGAAUUUUGCAAGCCCUAAACUUCCUUCACAUGUUGCUGGUCAUGGAUGAACUUACUGCUGUGAAUGUGAAACAAGGCUUCAACAAUCAGCCAGCCUUUACUGGAGAUGAACAUGGCUCAGCCAGAAAUAUUGUAAUUAACCCAUCAAAGAUUGCAGCUUAUUUCAGCAGCAUAUUAGCUGAGAAACUAAAGCUUAACACUUUCCAGGACACCGGAAAGAAGAAACCACAAGUUAAUGCUAAAGAUAAUUACUGGCUGGUUACUGCUCGAUCCCAGAGUGCAAUUCAUAGUUGGUUCUCUGACUUAGCAGGAAAUAAACCACUUGCUAUUUUGGCAAAAAAGGUUCCAAUCCUUAGUAAAAAAGAAGAUGUUUUUGCAUAUUUAGCUAAAUAUUCAGUGCCAAUGGUUCGAGCCACGUGGCUGAUCAAGAUGACGUGUGCCUAUUAUUCUGCUAUUUCUGAAGCUAAAAUUAAGAAACGUCAGGCUACUGAUCCUAAUUUGGGAAUAUCUCAGCGUGGCCAAGGUCGCCGCUCACUCAGCAUUAAUUUCAGAGAGCCAUCUCACGUUCCUGAGAAGGAGCAGAGCCUGUUCUGGCAGAUGUUGAGUAUGAGCCCGUCUGUUAGGAGGAAACCCCUGAAGCUGUACUUCUGCCGAGAAGUUGGGGGUGUGAUUGAUGUGGUGAAUAAGAAAGUCUUGUUCUGGGGGCUAAAAUUGGAUUCUGUGGUUGCCAAGAGCCUUGGCUUCAGUUGCUUGUAUGGGGCUGAUAGGGAAAAAGGACUAUUGGAAAAAAAAUUCCUAAAUGCAACAGUUAACAUUGCAUACAUCAGAAUGGAAACAAAAACUGGGAGACCUGAUAGCCUAGAGUGCCAAACCAAGAGAAGUGUCAAAGUCUCUUCUCCUCAGUCUGUAAGAGGAGUGGCAUUCGCCGUGGGCUGGCCCUUCACAGCAUUCCGACCUGCACUCUCCCCCUCCCCGCACCUGCCAGAAACACAAGCGCGGCUGCCUCUUGGACAGCCAUCUGGACCUUCAAUUAGUCUCCGCUCCACAACCAACACAGGAUGCCUCAGAACUCAAUCAGAAAGAGUAGAAGGAAUGCUAGAAAAACAUGAAUAUUUGACAUGGAUCUUGGAUGUGUUAGAGAAGAUCAGACCGAUGGAUGAUGACCUUCUUAAACUCUUGUUACCACUCAUGCUGCAGUAUUCGGACGAGUUUGUUCAGUCGGCUUACCUGUCUCGUCGUCUUGCCUACUUUUGUGCCCGGCGUCUUGCCUUGCUGCUGAGCGAUAGCCCCAGCCUUCUUGCUGCCCACUCGCCCCACAUGAUGAUAGGACCAAACAACUCAAGCAUCGGGGCCCCCAGCCCUGGCCCCCCUGGCCCCGUCAUGAGUCCCGUGCAGCUGGCCUUCUCAGACUUCCUCUCCUGUGCACAGCAUGGCCCCCUGGUUUAUGGACUUAGUUGUAUGUUGCAGACUGUCACUCUCUGUUGCCCAAGUGCCUUGGUGUGGAAUUAUUCCACAAACGACAAUAAGAGCGCGAACCCAGGCUCGCCCCUGGAUCUGCUGCAGGUGGCCCCCUCCAGUCUCCCCAUGCCGGGUGGGAACACAGCUUUCAAUCAGCAGGUUCGGGCAAGGAUUUAUGAGGUAGAACAGCAGAUAAAACAAAGAGGCCGUGCAGUGGAAGUUCGGUGGUCUUUUGACAAGUGCCAAGAGUCAACAGCAGGGGUGACCAUUAGUCGGGUUUUGCACACGUUGGAAGUGUUGGAUCGACAUUGUUUUGACCGAACUGAUUCCAGCAAUUCAAUGGAGACGCUUUAUCAUAAGAUUUUCUGGGCAAACCAAAACAAAGAUAACCAAGAGGUCGCCCCCAACGAUGAAGCUGUGGUGACCUUGCUGUGUGAAUGGGCGGUGAGCUGCAAACGGUCAGGCAAGCACAGGGCCAUGGCUGUGGCAAAACUCUUGGAGAAGAGGCAGGCGGAAAUCGAAGCAGAGAGAUGUGGUGAAUCAGAGGUCUUGGAUGAGAAGGAGUCCAUUUCUUCAGCCUCUCUUGCUGGAUCUAGUUUGCCUGUUUUCCAGAAUGUGCUACUAAGGUUUUUAGAUACACAGGCCCCCUCAUUAUCGGAUCCAAACAGUGAAUGUGAAAAAGUAGAAUUUGUGAAUUUGGUGCUGCUCUUCUGUGAGUUCAUCCGACACGAUGUCUUCUCCCAUGAUGCGUACAUGUGUACCCUCAUAUCUCGGGGAGACUUGUCAGUCAGCGCCUCGACUCGGCCGCGAUCGCCAGCAGGAGAAAAUGUAGAUGAGCACUAUCCAAAGGACCAUGACAUGAAAAUGGAGAUUUUUUCUCCCAUGCCUGGAGAAUCCUGUGAGAAUGCCAACCCUUCCUUGGGCAGAAGAAUGUCGGUUAAUGGUGAGAAGUUGCUUAAGAGAGAAAAACCCAGGGAGUUGAUUUUUCCAUCUAAUUAUGACCUUCUGCGGCACCUGCAGUAUGCAACACAUUUCCCCAUACCUCUGGAUGAAUCUUCAAGUCAUGAAUGUAACCAGCGCACAAUCCUGCUUUAUGGAGUGGGCAAAGAGCGUGACGAAGCGAAGCAUCAGCUGAAGAAGAUUACCAAAGAUAUUUUGAAAAUCCUAAAUAAGAAGAGCACCACAGAGACAGGGGUUGGAGAUGAAGGACAAAAAACCAGGAAGAACAAACAGGAAGCAUUUCCAACUCUGGAGACUGUGUUCACAAAACUUCAGCUCCUUUCAUAUUUUGAUCAGCAUCAAGUGACAUCUCAGAUCUCCAAUAAUGUGCUGGAACAAAUCACAAGCUUCGCUUCAGGAACAUCCUAUCAUCUCCCUUUGGCUCACCAUAUUCAACUCAUCUUUGAUCUUAUGGAGCCAGCGCUGAACAUCAAUGGACUAAUUGACUUCGCAAUACAGCUGCUAAAUGAACUGAGUGUUGUGGAAGCCGAACUGCUCCUGAAAUCCUCCAGCCUGGCAGGAAGUUACACGACGGGACUGUGUGUGUGCAUUGUGGCUGUUCUCAGGCGGUACCAUAGUUGUCUGAUCCUGAAUCCUGAUCAGACAGCCCAGGUGUUUGAAGGGUUGUGUGGUGUGGUAAAGCAUGUUGUGAACCCCUCAGAAUGUUCUUCCCCCGAGAGAUGCAUCUUAGCCUACCUCUACGAUCUCUAUGUGUCAUGUAGCCACCUCAGAAGUAAAUUUGGAGACCUCUUCAGUAGUGCCUGUUCAAAAGUUAAGCAAACCAUAUAUAAUAAUGUGAUGCCUGCAAAUUCUAACUUGAGAUGGGAUCCGGACUUCAUGAUGGAUUUUAUUGAGAAUCCUUCAGCUCGUAGCAUCAAUUACUCAAUGCUGGGCAAGAUCCUUAGUGACAAUGCAGCCAAUCGCUACAGCUUCGUCUGUAACACGCUCAUGAAUGUAUGUAUGGGCCAUCAGGAUGCUGGAAGGAUUAACGACAUAGCCAAUUUCUCCUCUGAGCUGACAGCUUGCUGCACUGUUCUUAGUUCAGAAUGGCUGGGAGUUCUGAAGGCUCUUUGUUGUUCUUCAAAUCAUGUGUGGGGGUUUAAUGAUGUACUUUGCACUGUAGAUGUGAGUGACCUUUCAUUCCAUGAUUCAUUAGCUACUUUCAUUGCUAUUCUGAUAGCACGACAGUGUUUCUCCCUGGAGGACGUCGUGCAGCACGUCGCACUUCCCUCUCUCCUAGCAGCAGCUUGUGGAGAUGCAGAUGCUGAGCCGGGGGCGAGAAUGACAUGCCGACUCCUGCUUCAUCUCUUCCGAGCUCCCCAGGCCUGCUUGUUACCUCAAGCAACCGGCAAACCUUUCCCUGGAAUAAGAUCAUCUUGUGAUAGACACCUCUUAGCCGCCGCUCACAAUAGCAUUGAAGUGGGAGCCGUGUUUGCUGUCUUAAAAGCAAUUAUGAUGCUUGGAGAUGCCAAGAUUGGCAAUAACAAUGUCAGCUCUUUAAAGAAUGAUGACUUCACCAUGAGAGGUUUACGGCGUGAUGGGAAUGCUGAUGAUAUCUGGACUGCUUCACAAAAUUCAAAAUCCUGUGGGAAAAGCAUUUCCAUAGAAACUGCCAAUUUAAGAGAAUAUGCUAGAUAUGUACUGAGGACUAUCUGUCAACAGGAAUGGGUAGGAGAACAUUGCCUAAAAGAACCUGAAAGAUUGUGCACAGACAAAGAGCUUAUAUUGGACCCUGUGCUUUCAAAUAUGCAAGCACAGAAAUUAUUGCAGCUUAUUUGUUAUCCUCAUGGUAUUAAAGAAUGUACGGAGGGCGACAAUCUGCAGAGACAGCACAUUAAGCGCAUUCUUCAGAAUCUUGAGCAGUGGACGCUGAGGCAGUCCUGGCUAGAACUUCAGUUAAUGAUCAAACAGUGCUUGAAGGACCCUGGCUCUGGUUCAGUGGCUGAGAUGAACAACUUACUGGACAAUAUUGCAAAGGCAACAAUAGAGGUAUUCCAGCAGUCUGCCGACUUGAACAAUAAUUCUUCUAAUUCUGGAAUGGGCCUCUUCAACCCAAAUGGGAUUGCAACUACUGAUGCUGGUAGCACAAGGCAGAAUGGAAUAAAGACAUUUCUAAGUUCCUCUGAACGCAGGGGUGUAUGGCUGGUGGCCCCCCUAAUUGCCAGGCUGCCGACCUCUGUGCAAGGAAGAGUAUUGAAAGCUGCAGGAGAGGAACUGGAGAAGGGACAGCACUUGGGCUCUUCUUCAAAAAAGGAAAGAGACAGACAAAAACAGAAAAGUAUGUCUCUUUUGAGUCAACAACCUUUCCUCUCACUGGUCCUUACCUGCCUUAAGGGACAAGAUGAACAACGGGAAGGCCUCCUAACAUCUCUUCAGAAUCAGGUUAAUCAGAUUUUAAGUAAUUGGAGAGAAGAACGAUACCAGGAUGACAUAAAAGCACGGCAGAUGAUGCAUGAAGCAUUGCAACUUCGCCUAAAUUUGGUAGGAGGAAUGUUUGACACGGUGCAGAGGAGCACCCAGUGGACAACAGACUGGGCCCUCCUCCUGCUUCAGAUCAUAACUUCUGGAACUGUUGACAUGCACACUAACAAUGAAUUAUUCACAACAGUUCUUGACAUGCUGGGUGUGUUAAUCAAUGGAACAUUAGCCUCAGACCUAUCAAAUGCAUCCCCCGGGGGAUCUGAAGAGAACAAACGUGCAUACAUGAAUUUAGUAAAGAAACUGAAGAAAGAGCUAGGAGACAAGAGAUCAGAAAGUAUUGACAAAGUUCGACAGUUGCUACCUUUGCCAAAACAGACAUGUGAUGUCAUUACUUGUGAACCUAUGGGUUCCUUGAUUGACACAAAGGGAAACAAAAUUGCUGGAUUCGACUCCAUAGAUAAAAAACAGGGUCUUCAGGUGUCUACAAAGCAGAAGGUGUCCCCAUGGGAUUUGUUUGAGGGUCAGAAGAACCCAGCUCCUCUGUCUUGGGCCUGGUUCGGGACUGUCCGAGUGGACCGAAAGGUGAUCAAGUACGAGGAGCAGCAUCACCUGCUGUUGUAUCACACACACCCCAUGCCCAAGCCCCGAAGUUACUACCUCGAACCGCUGCCCCUGCCUCCCGAGGAGGAAGAGGAGGAGCCCACAUCUCCCAUCUCUCAGGAACCAGAGCGGAAAUCAGCUGAGCUGUCAGAUCAGGGAAAAACCGCAACAGAUGAAGAGAAGAAAACAAAAGGAAGGAAGCGCAAGACGAAAUCAAGCUCAAGAGUUGACGAGUAUCCACAGAGCAACAUAUACCGAGUGCCUCCUAACUACUCACCCAUUUCCUCCCAGAUGAUGCACCAUCCGCAGUCCACCUUAUGGGGCUAUAACCUCAUGGGUCAGCCCCAGCAGCCGGGUUUUUUUCUUCAGAACCAAUCUCUUACUCCAGGUGGUUCUAGAUUGGACCCCACGGGCUCCUUCGUCCCAACGAAUACCAAACAAGCUCUGUCCAACAUGCUGCAGCGGCGCUCGGGGGCCAUGAUGCAGCCGCCGCCCCUCCACGCCAUCACAUCGCAGCAGCAGCUGAUACAGAUGAAGCUUCUGCAGCAGCAGCAGCAGCAGCGGCUUCUCCGGCAAGCCCAGGCUCGACCUUUCCAGCAGGGCCCGCCAGGGGACCAGGCUGCUCUCUUUGCUGCACAAGCACGGCCCUCCCCUCAGCUCCCCCAGUAUCCAGGGCUGCAGCAAGCACAGACCAUGCCCCAGGGCUAUACGAUGUAUGGAACGCAGAUGCCUUUGCAGCCGACCCCUCAGCAGCAGGCUGGUGGCGUGGUCCUGUCUCCUAGCUAUAACUCCAGGACCUAUCCGGCCACACAUUCCAACCCGGCGCUAAUGGAAAGACUCAGACAGAUGCAGCAGCAGCCCAGUGGCUAUGUUCAGCAGCAGGCGUCACCGUACCUGCAGCCCUUGACCAGCUCUCAGAGACUAAAUCAUCAGUCGCUUCAGCAGAGCCCUCUGGUAGGUGGAGGAAUCGAUGCAGUGCUCACUCCCACGCAUCCAAGCCUCCCCUCGGUGCCCCUGCCUCAGGACCCAAUGAGAACCAGACAGCCGCAGGUUCGACAGCAGCAGAGACUCCUCCAGAUGCAGCAGCCCCCCCAGCCCCAGCAGCCCCCGCAGCCCCAGAGUCAGACCCUUGGUCUCCAAGCGAUGCAGCCCCAGCAGCCUUUGGAACAAGAUAUUCUCUUAAAAAACUUGGUGCAGUUAGUGAAAUCAGAAGAGGCCGGCGCUGGGCCAGAGGUCAUAAGCGCAGUAAGGAAGUACGUAGCAUGCUCCCUGCCCCCAGACAGCUUAGAAUCCCAGGAAGCCGUUGAGCAAUGGCACUGCAUGGCAGAAGCAGAAGUACUGGUGGAGCUGUGUUUGUUGGCCAAGGCUCGUGAAACAAAGCACCACACACCGGGGGGCUUAACCAACAGAAGUGUGUUAUCUCCUAGUUCCAGAGGCUGGGAGUCCAAGAUCAGGGUGUCCGCAGAGGUGGUUCCUUCUGUGGGCCAUGAGGGAGAAAUCCACUCCAGGAGUCUCCCCCUGGCUUUUGGUGGUUUGCUGAUGGUCUUUGGCAUUCCUUGGUCAUCGAAACAGACAUGA